AUGACGUACAACAUAUUGCACAAGCUCGACGCUCGACGCGCCAAGUUCUUCUCUUACUCUCAGCCUGCAAAUCUCCAAAGUGAAACGCGCCUCGCUCGCGUCCGCGACGAACUUCGAGACCUCCAACCACACGUCGCUUGUCUCCAGGAAGUCGAAAGAGAGUCUCUCUCUCAUCUGACGAGUCAGCUGGAGUGCGACGCGUAUGCAUGCGCUGCUUCUCUCUUCAACGACAAGAGCGGAGUUAGCGACGGCUGCGCCCUGCUGUACAAAAAGUCGAUUCUGGAGGUUGUGCGAACUCAUGCAUUUCAUUUCGCCAGCUUGGUCGACGAUUUCUUCCCCAACCAGAAAGCGGCGCGAGAUCACAUGGCUCUCGCGUUCUGGAGGCGCUUGAAAGAAAAACGCAAUCUUGCCGUCGUCGCGAGCUUCCGCGUCAAAGCGACGGGGCAGAUCGUCCAUGUUUGUUCGACGCAUCUCUUCUGGGAUCCGCGGCAGCCGGAAGUGAAACUCAUGCAGGCUUUCCUGCUUGCCCGCGCGCUGCGCCGCUACGCAGACGAACAGGAGCGGACCAGAGAGGAGGAACGCGAGGAGAAGAUUCCAGAAUGCACGCAAAGAAAUGACACGGACGCAGGCGAUGAGAGGGUGACGAAAGAGGAAACGAACGAGAGCAGAAACGAAGCGACAACAAGAAAAGUUAACGUGAAGACCGGGGAGUGGACGCGAGAGGAAGUGCCAGAGACAGACCAAAAGAUAAACCACGAGAUAAACCACGAGAUAAAACAAGCGAGAGAACAAGAAAGGGAACAAGGGAGAGAAGAAAGAAGCUCGGCGGGUCUCGUGAGAGACGCCCCACUCAUCGUUGGCGGCGAUUUUAACUCCAUGCCUUUCCAGAGUGUCACCAAAGUCUCUGGCCCUGAAGGACGCGAGAAAGGAAAGGAGAUGUGUGUGGAGAACAAGUAUCACAGCGGCGUUUACCAACUCUUCACCGAAGGCCUUGUUCUCCCCUCCCACCCGGAGCAUCCUGUCAGCUUCCAUCCUUCGUUGGCUGCGGACGCGGUGCCCCCCUUGACAAUUUUCCCCUUCCAAAGCGCCUACAAAGAAGUGCUUGGAGAAGAGCCGCGGUUCACGAAUUACACGCGAGACUUUCAAGGGUGUCUCGACUAUCUGUUUUUUAGAAACGCAACUGUCAAAGCUGUUUUGAGCAUUCCUGACGACUGCGAACUCAAGCGGGAAGUCGCCCUCCCGAAUUCGCGUUUCCCUUCCGACCAUGUCGCUCUGAUGGCGGACUUUGUUUUGCGAUGAAGAUGAGGCACUCUUCUCCAGAGUGUUUUUUCGGGGUCUGCGCCUUUCCUCCCAGAUUUGAAACUGCAUGCAGGCAUGCAUGCGCCGGGGCCGGAGGGGCAUUGAGAGCGGAGGGGGGGGGUGUGCUGUUCUCGCGGCCCUCGCGGCUGCGAAGGUCGAGUGUCCGUUUUGCAGGUGUGUGAUGUUUUGAGGAAUCCGUUUUGAGUUAGACUCAGGUUCUGCCUGCUAGGCCCGCAGGCGUUUUGUCCAUUUCAAAGAUUGCCG